CACCUGCGUGAAGUGUGUCCCAUUUUUCCCUCCGGUGUAAGACAGUGAAAAAUGAGUUUGGUUGUUAUCGUACUCGAUGUCGAUUGCAAGUUGUGAUAAUGCAACUUUAUUCAAUUCAUUUCUCCGUCAUGACGAUGUUUCUAAACUACGAAAUAAACGCCUAAAGUCCACCAGCAGGCCUGUUCUUUGCAAGCAGCCCCAUUGUGUCGACAAGAUGAGCAGCAUGAUGCGGCCGCUCAUCAUCUUUUCUCUGCUGCUUGCUGGGGUCGUCGACGCCGUGCAGCAGUCUGUGGCGAUCGAAAACGACGCGGAAAUGUACAGUGCGGAGCCCUCGCCCUCGGAUCCCUUUUUCGAGGGCGGGGCGGUGAACGCCGAAAAAGAACGUACUUCGACUUUACCCUGCUGGUCUUGAAUUUUGCAAAAACAAAAAAAGUUCCUUCUGGUUUGGCUUUUGCGAGUCCCACCUACCACAUAGGAAUUUUGAUGUCACCUGGAUUUGAUAUCGAAGAUCCGUUUUCCACCAUAACGAGAUCGAGCCGCACACAAACCAUCAACCUACCUAGGUACACCAGCGGCAGCCUCAGGGAAAACCUCCCGGCCGUCUGCGUUCACGGAAACCUCCGCCAUGGCUCGUCUGCAGAAAUUGUUCACUUCAGCCAAGAGUCGCGUCCACCAGGUAAAGGAGGCGCAGAAGAUCGCAAGCGUAUGCAGUGCAAAACAACAAGUAUCGUGCUCGUUCUCGUACCAACUAUUGCAGGAAUGCAUGACGAACAAGACAAAAUGUUUUGCGAAGCUGAGUCAGCAUUUAAUGCUGACUCAGCUUCGCAAAGCGCUUUUCCUUGUCGAGUUGGCAAAAUUUGUCAUGCGGUUUUAACCAGUAGCCCUGCCUAAGUUACAUUCGUCUUGUUGCUUGGCAAUGCAUAAACCGCUUCCCAGCAGCAUUUCAAAACGCUCGUACUCGACCUCGCACUGGACUACAACGUCAGGCCGAUGACCGUUUUAUACGCCGCGCGGUUUCUAUGUGCUGCAAUUGUGGUCCCGCUCCCACCCACUCCACAUACAUACAAACUUGUCGUGCAAUAAAGAAACACCAACGACACUUGAUGAGCAACAGAGUUAUUCGAUAUUCCACCACUUGCAGCUGCACAACUUUGCUGGUUUCGAUGAACCACUAUUGAAAGAAUGUCUCGCAUGACAAGAUGGAGCAGGUAGCGGCACAAAAAUGUUUCUAUUGCAUACUUCAGCUCUUUGGACACGGACGGCAAUGACGUCCUCGAAGGGGCAGAAUUCGGCACGUGCCCGCUGUCCGCGGAUCUGAAUGAGGACAAGAAAUUGGACUUCCCCGAGUACGACCAGCAUUGCAGCAGUCAGCAACAGAACGCAGACAGUGCCGCCUCUGCCAGCAGCUCGUCGUUUACCGAAAUAACGCAUGUCGAAGCUGGCGAUAUGACAAGUGGCAGAGCAGGAGCGUCCCCGACACCGGUGACAGAAGUGGAAGCCACGGAUGUUCUUGACGAGGCGGCCUUUCUGGAGAAGAGCAGGGGGAGCGAGUCGCGGUCGUCGUUUUGUUGUAGCAGCAGCGAAGCGCCGCGGUCUGCAAGCAGGUACACGAUAGAAGCUUGCUCUGGCUUCCUCUAUGCUCCUGCACAUAUUAGUGCCAAGACCGAGAUAGAGUCAACUUAUUGCGACGAUUCAUCGCUUUCGAAGCAACUGCUAGAUGUCAGGAGUCUUCGUUACGAUGACAAGAAUAAGAAACAUCACGAUCACCAUCUUCAUCAGGCCCGGCCCCGACCCUGGCGCCGAGGAGUUCGUCGUCCUCCCAGGAAGGCAGGAGUACGAGGCGAUUUUGAAAGCUAGUAACCCAGAGCAAAAAAAGGAGUACUUUUUUUGGAUUCCGAACUAUACAUAGUUUGCUGCACAUAUAUUAUAUUUCUUCGUAGGUAGCCGUUCACUUCAGGUUCUUCAUCGUGUUUAUUAGACCACUAACUUCUAACGUUAUGCUUUUGCAGUGCAGUUUAUUUUUCUGCGUCUCGGAGGAGAUGGAGAAAUCUGCGCGAAACGAGCAGGGCUUAGCGAGCCAGUAGUUAAUAUGAAUAUCAUCGGUCAUGUGUAUGCAUCGCUGCUCGUGCACGUGCAGGAGCACGAAGACGAAUUUAUUUGCAAGCGGGACCAGCGCCAGCGCAGGACAAAUAACGUAAUUACAGGCCACCUCUCGUUCGAGACAUUAUCUCCCUUAUCAUCACUGCUGUUUGUUGUACUUCUGACAUCACAGGGAGGAGAAAAGAAGAAAACAGGCGGACCAGGCGCGGCGCACGAACACUUGGGGCCUGAUUAGCCUCUGAUCGCGAUACCAUUUUGCAGCGGGAGGACCUGGCUGGGACGAACAUGUAGGACAACCACAAUCAGAGUCCCCGGAUCCUGGUGUAGGACAACCGCAACCAGAAUUACCCGAUGGUGGUCGAGGAUAUGAGGAGGGCGUUUGGUUUGACGUCUAUCACGAAGGGCUACCAGCAUGCGGAGGACUAUGAACGACAUGCACGUGCAGGACGAGUAAAAAUAGAAGAGAGUCCACUCUCUCAAGAUGAUGAUGGUGCCACAUCAGACCGGAAGCACACUCCCGCUUCCGACAUGAGAGACCGGAAAACUAUGAAACUCCAGAAUAUGAAUAGCACUCCUCAACAUGCAGAUGUAGACGAUGCACCGUCGCCGGAAGCUGUUUUAGAUGUUCCCUCUGUGGAGGAGCUUAUAGAAUAAAAGUUGAGGAUUUUUUAGGAGUGUAGUCGGUGAAAAAAAACUACGUGCCGCCAAGAAAGACUCCGCACGAAGUUGUCGAAAGCAGUUUGCGCAACACCUACGGUUUCGUGUGGUGAACAUUUUUGCUCGAUGACAAGACGCAGCACAAUGUCGACAUGCUUAAACGACAAAUCAAGAUCA